CCCUCCCACCUGACGUCAGCCCCUGGGCUUCUCCAAACCCGCCGAGCCGCCCCGGCCUCACUCUGCGGCUGCGACCAUGGCUCUGCGCGGGGCGGCGGGGAGCCUGCGCCUGCUGCUGGGCUGCGGGCUCCUGCUCUGGGGCGCCACAGUUGGGGCCAGCAAAGUGGAGGUCUCCAUGCUGGAGACGGCGGAGGUGGAGUUGGGGCAGACGGCCAGGAUCCCAUGCAACUUCUCCCUCCCUGAGGAGAGCCACUACGCCUACAUCAACUGGUUCUAUAUCAACAAACACAGCCGGACGAAGAUCUACUACAUGGUCCGCGGGCAGAAAUUUGAGGUGGACACAGAGUACAAGGGCCGGGUGGCCAUGGAGAACGACUUUACCCUCACCAUCAGCAGGGUGACCCUGCGGGACGCCAGGACCUUCGUGUGCCAGGUCGGGGCCGGCAGCUUAGGGGUGGGCGAGAACCGGACCAAGCUCCACAUUUACAAAACCCCGGAGCCUCCUGAGAUCCAGGUGAACGACGCGGGCAUCCCAGUGACGAGCAAGGAGAUCCCCAAGAUCGCAGUGUGCGUCAGCAAGAAUGGCUUUCCAGCCCCCAACAUCACAUGGUACAAGAACGGGAGCCCCCUGUGGCAGGACCACACACAAGUCAGCCUCAUCAAGGAGUCCAGCGGGCUGUACACGGUGAGCAGCACCCUCUACGCCCACGUGAGCCGCGAGGACCGCCAGUCCCGCUUCCACUGCGAGGUCAGCUACCGCCUGCUGGGGGCCGACCAGACUGCCGCGUCCGAGGACGUCAACGUCACCGUGUUCUAUUCCACGGAGAAGCUGAGUCUGGUGAUAGAGUCUCCCCAGCCGCAGGUGCGGGAGGGGGACGACGUGACCCUGCGCUGCGAGGGGGACGGGAACCCCCCACCCGAGUACAACCUGCUGAAAGUGCAGGAGGGUGCCGAGCCUGAGGAGAGAGAGCUAACCUCCAGCAACGGGGUGCUGAUCCUGCGGAAGGUCAAGAAGGAGGACAGCGGCCGGUACCUGUGCCAGACUUUCGACCUCGACUCCAUGAAGAAGCUGGAAAACGAGACGGAGCUGUCUGUGAACUACCUCGAAGGGCUCAAGAUAACCCCUGAGGGGCCCAUCCAGCUGCAGCAGGGAGAAGUCUUAACCCUGACCUGUGACGCCAGAGGCUCCAAGCCCUUGGAGUUCCGGUGGAAGAAGGAGAAGAAGGGGAAACUGCUGAGGUCAGGAAAGCAGCUGAAACUGAGCAACGUCACCCUCGAAUCUUCUGGCAACUACAGCUGCGAGGUGGCUGUGACUGGGGUGCCAGGGCUCUCCCGCUCCAAGCAGGUGAACGUCGCUGUUCACACAAAGCCGCACAUCAGUUCCAAGGAUUCCCUGGUGCCUGUGCAACAGAACGAGCUGGUGACCCUGAUGUGCAAAGCUGCUGCCCUCCCUGAGCCCACCAUCACGUGGAGCAUCAAUGGAAAGGUCCAAAACCACACAGACCAUCAUCGCGUCAUCAGCAACUUGACUGUCCAAGUCACCCCAAACCUGCUGCAGUCAGGAGUCACCUGCACGGCCACUAACGAGUUUGGCAAUAGCAGUCAUCACAUCAGGCUGCAGCUGAGAACGAUGACGACACCUCCUCCUUCUGGCAACACUACUGCGGAAUCCAUCAAGAAAGAGCAAAAGACCCAGGAGAGCAAGGGCGUGAUCAUCGUGGCGGUCAUCGUGUGCAUCCUGGUGAUCGCUGUGCUCGGCGCUGUGCUCUACUUCCUGCACAAGAAAGGCAAGAUCCCCUGCAACCGCACCGGGAAGCAGGACAUCACCAGGCCAGAUGCCCGUAAAGACGAGAUUGUAGUUGAAGUUAAGUCAGAUAAACUUCCCGAAGAGGCGGGGCUUCUGCAGGGUGCCAACGGCGAGAAGAGACCUGCAGGUGACCAGGCAGAGAAAUACAUCGAUCUGAGGAACUAGAGUGAGGGACCCGCCGUGUGUUUUUUCCUUCAAACCUUUCCUGUUCCUGGAUCGCCACCUCCCAACCCUGCUCCAGCUCCCUGAGAGCAUGGCCAGAGACCUUGAAAUGCAUCACAGCGCUGAGACUGCUCUGCAGGGAGGAAUACCACAGCCCCCCCAUAUGACCAUUACACUAGCCAAGGGUCUGAAAGAUACCACACUAGCCGUGGCAAAUCUGGACUGACUGACUGCUUCAGAGGCCAAAAACCAAUUCUUGAAAAACAUCCACAUUGCCCUGAUAGAUGGAAGAAUUUAAGGCCGUAUCAGGAAUGUUACCGUUAGCUUUUUAUUGUUCCAGUUGUGUGUGUGUUUGAGGGGGCGGGGGUGUGUGUGUGUGUGUGGUGUGUCUAGAAGCGUUUUACCUAAAAUUCACAGCAGAUAAGUCCCCCCUGCCCUCCUGAAAGUAGGCUAGAGCACUAGGCGGUCUGGGUUUGUCAGGACUAGAGUUGUGCUUUUAAUUGGAGCUCCUUCCAACUGAAAAAACCCCAACCCCACAACCCGUUUUAGAUUAGCAGCAUCCAGCUAAGUCUCUGAACAAUGGGUGCACAGUAUGAAUUACAGAUAGGGGGUGGAAUUUACCUGGUGGAUUGUAGGGUGCCGAAUGGUUAGUUCUCUUAGCUUGUCCCUAAACUGUUCUUGUUUUGCUGAUUUAGAUUCACAGCCUCUCAUCUUGCAGGUAGAGCGCUCCAUUCUUGGAAGAGUUGAUUUUGUUUUUCCCAAGUGACUCUGUUGAGAACAAGUAGCUGAAAGGAAAGGAUCUCUGUUCUAUGUGCAGUAAAAAGCAGGGCCUCCCAGUCGUUCUGAGGGUUCGGCAGGGACCAGACCCAACAGUAUGUUGAUGUGAAAGUUUUAAAGCUGCAUGAUGUGGCAUUGCUUAGCUGAGGGCUUAGGCCUUGUUUCUCACCUGCCAGCUCCCUGAGGAACGUGGCUACCUUGGGCAGAUUUCUAAUUAAGCUGUACCGCUACUGAAAUGAGCAGGCCCUCCAGAGGACCAUGUCUUAAGUCAAGGCUGAUGAAGAGAAGCUUUAUGCCAUGCUUAGAUAUUGGCACCUCUCUAGGGUUGUUGUGUUUUUUUAAAGUAUUCUCACUAGGUAAAACAUUACUUAUCCUUGACUAAAAUUCCAUUCUCUGGCCUAGGCCGGGGCGACAGGUAACAUCUGUGAACAAGAAGGGAAACUGACAGAACUGAGCUCCCACAGAAUAUUGAACUGGUGCUAUCUCAGAGAUACCAAACAGAACCCCACCCAGCCUGCAAGCAUAUACUGCUGUUGCUUCCCUCAGCCCUAGGACCUCUCCCCUGGCCCCAGGCGAACACUGAGGAGAUGAGCCCCUUGCUUUUCCUUCUCCGUUCCUAUUAGAGAAGUAAACCAAGUUGUAGGCUUACACCCUCCAUAGCUGCUACUUAACCAGCCAUUUAUUUUCCAUUCCUCCAACACUUAAGCAACAAACAGCCUUACAUUAACACUGGGCAAAACAACAGCGGCUCCUUUCCUAUGCACCCAACCUCCUCAGUGGUUAAUGAGACUCUCUGCAGCAGCAGAGGCAACCAACUCAUUAACAAAAAGGGUGAGCUGUACUUGUGAGCUAGAAAUAUCAGAAGCAAAAGCUUUUGUUUUAUAUAUAUAUAUAUUUUUGUUGGUUUGUGUGUAAAUUUAAGAGUUUGUCUGAUAUUUGCAGGGUUUUUUUUAUAUAUGUGAAAAUAAAAAGCCAAAAUACUUCCA